AUGCCAAUUCGCCCAUCAGCGCCUGGUGAAUUUUUUUUUUCUUCUCAACCCUUCGCCAAAACAAGCAUGUUGUCUGCUUCUAGAAGAACUGCUGCCAAGGUUCCACGCUCCAUUCGUGGUCUUGCCACAUCUGGUCUUACCAGAGACUCCAAGGUGCACCAAAACUUGUUGGAGGAUUUUUCUUACAUCCAAUACAAAAAGCACUUGGAAAACGUCAACAUCGUCAAGCAAAGAUUGAACAGACCUUUGACUUACGCUGAAAAGUUGUUGUACGGUCACUUGGACAACCCACACGAACAAGAGAUUGAAAGAGGUGUCUCCUACUUGAAGUUGAGACCAGACAGAGUUGCCUGUCAAGAUGCCACCGCUCAAAUGGCCAUUUUGCAAUUCAUGUCUGCUGGUAUGCCUCAAGUUGCCACUCCUUCCACCGUGCACUGUGACCACUUGAUUCAAGCCCAAGUUGGUGGUGUCAAGGAUUUGGCUAGAGCCAUUGACUUGAACAAGGAAGUUUACGACUUCUUGGCUUCCGCCUGUGCCAAGUACAACUUGGGUUUCUGGAAGCCAGGUUCCGGUAUUAUUCACCAGAUCGUCUUGGAAAACUACGCUUUCCCAGGUGCUUUGUUGAUUGGUACUGACUCUCACACUCCAAACGCUGGUGGUUUGGGUCAAUUGGCUAUUGGUGUUGGUGGUGCUGAUGCCGUCGACGUUAUGGCCAACUUGCCAUGGGAAUUGAAGGCUCCAAAGAUUAUCGGUGUCAAGUUGACCGGUAGAAUGUCGGGCUGGACUUCUCCAAAGGAUAUCAUCUUGAAGUUGGCUGGUAUCACCACCGUCAAGGGUGGUACUGGUGCUAUUGUCGAGUACUUCGGUGACGGUGUCAGCACCUUCUCUUGUACUGGUAUGGGUACUAUCUGUAACAUGGGUGCCGAAAUCGGUGCUACCACCUCUGUUUUCCCAUUCAACAACUCUAUGGUUGACUACUUGAAUGCUACCGGUAGAUCUGAGAUUGCCGAGUUCGCCAAGCUUUACCAAAAGGACUUCUUGGCUGCUGAUGAAGGUUGUGAGUACGACCAAAUCAUUGAAAUUGACUUGAACACUUUGGAACCUCACGUCAACGGUCCAUUCACCCCAGAUUUGGCUACCCCAGUUUCUAAGAUGAAGGAAACCGCUAUUGCUAACGGCUGGCCUUUGGAAGUUAAGGUUGGUUUGAUUGGUUCUUGUACCAACUCCUCUUAUGAGGACAUGACCAGAGCUGCUUCUAUCAUUGAAGAUGCUGCUACCCACGGCUUGAAGUCUAAGUCUAUCUUCACCAUCUCUCCAGGUUCCGAACAAGUCAGAGCCACCAUUGCUAGAGACGGUCAAUUGAAGACUUUCGAGGACUUUGGCGGUGUCGUCAUGGCCAAUGCUUGUGGUCCAUGUAUCGGUCAAUGGGACAGACGCGACAUUAAGAAGGGAGAGAAGAACACCAUUGUUUCUUCUUUCAACAGAAACUUCACCUCCAGAAACGAUGGUAACCCUGCUACCCACGCUUUCGUUGCCUCUCCAGAGAUGGUUACCGCCUACGCUAUCUCUGGUGACUUGGGCUUCAACCCAAUCACUGACACCUUGAAGGAUGCUGAGGGCAAAGAAUUCAAGUUGGCUGAGCCACACGGAGUUGGUUUGCCUCCAAGAGGUUACGACAAGGGUGAGGACACCUACCAAGCUCCUCCAGCCGACAGAGCUAGUGUCGAAGUUGUCAUUUCUCCAACCUCCGACAGAUUGCAACGUUUGACUCCAUUCAAGCCAUGGGAUGGUAAGGAUGCUUUGAGAAUGCCAAUCUUGAUUAAGGCUGUUGGUAAGACCACCACUGACCACAUUUCGAUGGCCGGUCCAUGGUUGAAAUACCGUGGCCACUUGGAGAACAUCUCCAACAACUACAUGAUUGGUGCCACCAACGCAGAAAACGGUGAAGCCAACAACGUCAAGAACCACUACACUGGUGUCUACUCUGGUGUUCCAGACACUGCUGCUGCUUACAGAGACGCUGGCCACAAGUGGGUUGUCAUUGGUGACGAGAACUUUGGUGAAGGUUCUUCCAGAGAGCAUGCUGCCUUGGAGCCAAGAUUCUUGGGUGGUUUCGCUAUCAUCACUAAAUCUUUUGCUCGUAUCCAUGAGACAAACUUGAAGAAGCAAGGUUUGUUGCCAUUGAACUUCGUCAAUGUUGCUGACUACGACAAGAUCAACCCAGACGACGAGAUCGACAUUCUCGGCUUGACCGAGCUUGCCCCAGGUAAGAACCUUAUCAUGAGAGUUCACCCAAAGAACGGCGAAGCUUGGGACUGCGAGUUGUCUCACACUUACAACUCUGAACAAAUUGAAUGGUUCAAGUACGGUUCUGCUUUGAACAAGAUGGCUGCCGCCCACUCUAACUAA